AUGGAAAAUCCCGGAUCGAUGUCAGGUGCGGCAGCGCUCAUUUCGCGCCUGCAGCAGUAUGCCCAGGAGCGCGUGGCCGGUGCUAGGGCUACAAUCUUGACGAAUCUUGAGAAGGCAACUGGGCUCCCUGUGGUUAUGGAUGUUGCCUUGCCAGGUGCAGCUUACUUUUCCGUCGCGGCUGGAGGGCUCUGUGACGUUCUCAACUUGUUGGGAGAUGACAUUGUAAAGGUCGAUCGGUUUGUUGGUGCAAGUGGCGGUGCUUGCAGCCUCUUCCUGAUUCUUGCCAACGACAAGCGAGGAGCCACGCAGCAAGAUGCUGCACCGGCCGGUCGCUGUCCCAGCGCGGAUCUCCUGCUCCAGUCCUACCUCGAAUACGCCGAGUCGGAGGGUUCCAGCGGCCUGCAACGAUCCCUCAGCGCAUUCUGGCAAGCUGUCGGAGGGGUGUCCUCUUUCUGGGAGGAGAAGUACCGGGCCCUCCUUUCCGAGGAGCCGGCCUGGUCGGCGGUGCGGGCGCGCGGCUUCUGCGCGGUCGCCGCGAGGCCUCUGCGACAGCAGAUGUUUGGGGCAGCCCGGGAUUCCGGUGCCGUCUACCACGCUGUGGGGGACAACUACAUCUUCCAUAACUUCGUGGAGAAAGAGGAGGCUGUACAGGCAUUCGUGGCAACCGGGGAGGCAACAGCAAAGGGCUUCACCAGGGGCAUCCGAGUUCUUGCCGGUGAGCCGAGGCUUUCCGUGAAGCAACCAGGGUCCCAAGAGAUGGAGCAGGGCCUGCCCGCCAGCUUCUGUGAUGGUGGGCGGCCGGCGAACUUUGACGCCCUGCAUAGUGGCAGGAGUCCCAACUCCCUGCUCUACUACAACACCUGGUUCGAAAGUGCCUCUGAAGCUGCAUUCUGUACACCGGCAAGCAUCGAGCAUCUCUACAAGCGGGGUGUAGAUCGGACCAUCGACUGCUUGCUCAGCAGCUCCUUGUCCUCACCGGCUCCUGGGGCACCGAACGUGGCCCGGACGGGAGGGCCCGCCAAAGACAGUAUGGUCCUGGCCCUGGCUGGCGCCGAUCCCGUCGCGGAGAUGGCGAAGAUCGGGGCCAAGACCUCAUUGUACGGCGGCUCCUUCGUGAAUCUUGCGGCAAAGGAGAUCCGGGAGCAGCAAAGCCUUGCCUGA